UUUGUCAUAAAAUGUUUUUAUACCUAGGUUACAGAAACUACGGUCUGGUGGAAGCUUAGGGCGGAGCUUAGCUCCUACUUUUUUGUUUUGAUGCGUUUUUGUCUUGAAGCCUAUUGCUUGUAACUGUUAAGUCUGUCGAGUACUAAGCCGAUUCUAUUUCAAGGGUAGCGAGUCGAAACGGGACAUGGAGACCAUGAUUAAACGACCCGACAAAAAUUUUGCAAUUCGGGCAUAUUGAGCGCAGUAAGAAAUCACUUCAGGAAUUCAUCUGGGAGCAGGAGGCUAUAAACAUAUAAUUGGAGGAUUAUCCCCGCUAAAAUAAUUGGACAACUUUUUAACGGAUGUAGGCUACUGUCAUCGCGUUUUUGUUUUUUUAUUCUAGUGUGUUAGGCUACUGGAGGACAGAACAAAUUCGUUUAGCCCUUGAUUAUAGUCAGGUGUUUUUAAUGAUAAUCUCUCCAGUCUUAAUGAUUGCUAAAGAAAAUCCAACAUCUACAGACCGAUCCCUCAUCACUAUGAGAACCUUAUGACUUUGGAACGUACAAGUCAGUUUUCUUCAUUGGGGAUCAACAGACACUUGAGCUGCCACAGCCCAUGGAGGUGGUGUCGAAGCAGGAGCGGGCGGACCAAAGCAAGGCCGACGCUGUCAAGAGUGACCAGGAGGGGGACAAUGCGAUGGCCUCUGGCCACACCUGUGGUCUCUGCGGACGGAGCUUCCCUCUCCUUAGCUCGCUGUCCCAGCACAUGCGCAGGCACACUGGAGAGAAGCCAUACAAGUGUCCUUACUGCGAACACCGGGCGGCCCAGAAGGGCAGCCUGAAAGUCCACAUCCGCAGCCACAAGCUGGGCCUGUUCAGCCGAAGCCUGGGCAAGAAAGAAGAGGAAGGCAAGAAAAGGGAGGGGGAAGUGGAGGAGGAUGGGGAGCAAGGACAAACACAGAGAGACCCCCAGCAACUGCUUAGUCCCGACAACAACCUUGCCAAAGGCACCUCGGCCAAGAAGCACAAAGUCAAUGGCAAGACAAAAAAGAAAAACUCAAAGAAGAAAGACGACGACGCAGUGAUCCAGAAUGACGGCAAGGAGGACAAAUCACCAACCACGGCUGAGGGCAACUUAUUUCCGGGAGGGACCAACUGGAUGGACGAAAGGGUCGAGGAGGCCAGUGCUGGCUCCUUCCCCUGCGGGUCUUGCAGCCAAGUCUUUUCCCAGGCCCUGCUCCUCAAGGCCCACAUGAAGAAGCACCGCGGCUCCCUAGACCAUGGCUGCCGCAUUUGCGGCCGGCGCUUCCGCCAGGCCUGGUUCCUCCAGAGCCACAUGCGGAUUCAUCGGGCCAAAAGCCAGCUGCGGGCUGGGGGUGGUGACAGCGGCGAGUCCCCGACCACCCUCAACGGGGUCCUCCGGGAGCCGGCGUCCCUGGUGAACGAUGACUGUCUCUACGAGCUGUGUGCUGGCUGCGGCAACUUCUUUUACGACCGCAAGACCCUCCGGCUGCACGAGAGGGUCCACAAGAGCCAUACCCCCAACAAGCCACUGCAGCAAGACCCCGAAAACGGCUCGUCAUCACCCGCCGCCAAGAGUCGCUUCCUGGAAUGCCUUAACCUCAGGGCAGCCGGGAAUGGAGAGGCAGCUAUAGAGGGGAAUCUUGGAAGACGGAUCCCCGAGCUGGACCCGGUAUGCAGUUACCAGGCCUGGCAGUUGGUCACCAGAGGGCAUGUGGUUGAGGUGACAGAUAAAAGUCUAGGAUGGGAGGAGAGGUUGGCGGAUGCCGACGUGGUGUUUGACCAGGAGAAAGGCGAGUAUGUGCCGCUGAAACAGGAGAAGCGGAAGAGGCAGCUGGACUCCUCCCAAAGCAGGAAGAAGAAAGGUUCCCAGGAUGUUGUCGUUAAUGGUGGUUGCGGUGGGAUCUCCCACCAGCAUGGUGACAGUAGAAAUAGCCGCACCUUGUUGAAUGGGCUCAGCCCAGAGACGUUUGGAAUAUUGCAGAAAAAGGUGAAAGAUGGCCAUCAAGCCAGCAAGCAAGCCACCAAAUCAAACUCUUCCAGUCAUCCCAGCACACCAAGAGAAGAACAUUCUCUGUCUGCCUCUUCCAUAAAGAGGAAUAAUAUCAGGGACCCAACCUAUGAAGAUUCCAAGCCAUACUUCUGCGAGCACUGUGACUUCCACACCAGCGACCCUUCUUGCCUCACGUUCCACAUGCACAAGCUGCACAAGCACAUCAGGGAUGCACGUCAUCACAUACUGGAAGCAGUUAUAGAAGACCCGAGCCACGGCACUCCCAAAGUCUCAGGUUACAUGGAAUAUCUCCGGCUGAAGAGCACACUGCUCAGCCAGCCCUACUGGAAUCCUCCUGGCCAGGAGAGGGCGGCAUCGAGCGGACAGUCUGAAAAUUCGAGGAGCCUAAAGGUCAAAGGGCAAUCCUCUCAGGAAUCUAUCAUCAACGCCAGCCUCCUCAACCUGUCUGCCCCGCCCGAGGGCCAGCAGGAGGAUAGUGAUGCGAACCCUGUGGCAGCGCUGUCCGAGGGUAAGCUAGUCAGACACCAGUGUCCGUUCUGCACCCACACCACCCAUUACCUGGAGGUGCUGUGGAUCCACCAGCGUGUGGCCCACAGGGUGGAUAGUGGCAGCUCCCUGGCCCCCAAGUGGGCCCCCUACGUCACCUGUUUCAAGGGCUCCAAGGCUGCUGGACGACGCACGGGGCCCCCGCCUUUCCUGGGAGGAAAAGACUGCCCAGCGCUCCCAGUGCCCCGGUCCCAGCGCACCAAAGCCCCAGGUUCCACUGCCACGCAACCUUCAGGUGGAGGCACCAAGAGGCCAAAGACCCACACAAGCACCACAACUACUACUGUCCAGUCCAACACCAGCCAGGCCAUGAUGUCAGGGUCACGUACCUCCACAAGGUCACCCACUGGUGGUGGGAAGUCGCUCCUACCUCAAAAGAAGAGGUUGUCAAGCCUCCCAAACCAUACGGGGGAGGUGGCAAAUAAGAGCGCCCGAUCUAAAACAGAAGCCCACCCUAAAGUUCCUGCCGCCGCCACCACCGCCGCCUCAACCAGCAUCCGAGGAUUCACCCAGCAGUCAACAAGCAGACCCAAAUCUGGAAGCCAUCAUCGGGCUGCUGCCGGGGGAAGCCUGCUUCCGCAAGAGGGCCUUGGCUUUAUUCUCGCCAGGAACCAUGGCAGGGCCGACCACACAUCCCAUCUUACCCCAGACAGAACUCACUUACACCCCCAUCCCCGUCCACACCCACACCCACACAGCCAUCCACAGGAUCCCCCUGCAGCCCUGAAAGGUCAAGACCUUUGGUCAGUCACAAACAUGUUUGGGGCGCAGGGCAGCAGUGGGUACCUGGCACCCACCACCGUCUUCGGCCAUGGGAAGAGGGAGUUGACGGCUGGGGACAGCAGAGACUCCCCGAUGGACAUGGACAUCCUGGGUCUGUUGAAGAACUACAACCCCCAUGACCUGGCAGCUCUCUACCAGCACUGGGGCUUUGUAGAUCCCAGGCUUGACCAACAAGCGAUACUGCAGUACAAUGGACAUUUUGGAAAUGAAGUCCAUUCCUCCACUGAGGCCUCCAAACAAGUGAGCGGCCGUUCCUCUACUUCCACAACGUCUCUUAGGAAGGGGACAUGAAAACUCUGCAUGCCACAUGCCCUGAAAACUCGACUUCCCAAAAUGCACUGCUGCAAGAUGAGAAGCCUGCAGUCCCUCACAGGAACCAAGCCAUGACUACAGGAGAACAGUGACUCUUCACUUGAGGGGCCCAAUUGUCUCAAGGGACACUCUUUGUCUACAACUAACUAACCCUCCCAGACUGAUAAAGCUACCAUUACAUGUGGACGUGACAGAGUGGAUAUUCUUCCCCAACUGGGGUGUGAACUCACAACCCUCUACACUGUAACUCAACAUACUCAAGAAGCACCGUCAAUACCUCGGACACAGAAAGGACAAGGCGUUUCUGCAUUCAGAGUGGCAGAACUUCUCAGGAAUGCAGUAGCGAUGCACUUAAGCAUCUGCUACAUCACACACGGGGCUUAGAUGUUUAUGUGGUGACAGUAUACUGACCUAGAGAUGGUGUAGUUGUUUAGCUCAUGGUGAUUGAGUUCAGGCUAUGUUAGUGAUAACUGAUUCUAAAUCAGUUGUUAAAGGGUAGAAAACCAGGAUCCCCCAGGGUGUUUUAUGUAACCUUCGAUGCAAACCCUUUUAAUCCAUGUCAGAGCAAAAAGACAAGCAAAGACUGAAACUUUUAUAUUAUAUCCCUCCAGAGAAUUGAUAGAACAUUUUGAAGUAAUCGGAUCGGUAUGUGUGUUUACUGUGAAUGUGUGUGUUAGUGUUUUAGUCAUCUGUUUAUUUGAGCUUUUGACACUUUUUUUGUGUGUGUUAUUUGGAAACUGUUUGGAUUGGUCAGCCAGCUCACACAAGCAAAGUUACCAUCCACCUUGAAAGCUGGAAUCUUUAAUAGUAAAACUGCCAUGUCCAUUUGUGAUAUUACAACAAGAAACAAAUUACUGCAAACAACAAACACAUUUUUUUCUCUCGGACAUCAUAGAACAGCAGCAUAUAUUCAUUAUUCUUAAAACAAACAAAAAAGUAUACCUUGAUGCACGACGCUCCCCACCUCUGCUUCGUCCAAAACAAACAAAAUCAAUAACAAUGGCCAUUGGGUGGACAGUGGUAUGGUUUCCCUCACUGAGGAGUUUCUCCCAUCUUUAAGCAACAAUAAUGAGGCAGCUGUUUGUGGCUUACCGUCCAUUUCUAGCCAUGUUUACAUCAACAACAACUAUGCUAGACUCUGCUGACCAGGGAUGUAGUGGAGGGUAAACACACUAAAUGCUGGCAAGUAGCCUCGAGGUUGGAGCGUUAGGCCAGUAACCGAAAGGAAUACGAAUACUGGAGCCAACCAUGUGUCGGGUGUGCCCUUGAGCAAGGCACUUAACCCUAAUUGCUCCAGGGGCGCUGUACAACGGCAACUGCGAGUGACUUGAGGAGUUGGGAUAUGCAAAGAAAUAUAUAUAUAAUCCAUUAUAAACGUAUUAUUUACUCACCUUUUUAAGUUGUGAAAUGACGUUUACCCACUUAUUAUUGCGUUCCCAGCGUAGAUCAAAGCUCAGAACGCAAAUUCUCUUGAUGAGUUCUACUCGCGCCUUCCUUCUUUUAGCGAACAGCUAAACUCUGCCCUCUCGCGAAUCGCAGCACAGACCGAGGGCCAGUGAAUCAAACUACCCCAGCAGACCAACGGCAAGUGGCUAUAAAAGUAGGCAACUAGAGACGCCGCUGACAGACUAGUGGGUUUGCGAGAUGCCGUACAUAAUUGUAUUAUUUUUUCCUAAACAUACGCGACUCCAGCCGUGUCUACAGACAUCCCUCAAACAAACAAAAAACCUGACUCUUGGAGAAUGAGUGUACAACUGGCAAAUAGUUGCAUAUAGAUAUGUCAGUCAGGUGGCAGAGACUUCUAGUAUUGCUAUAACAUUUUAAAUUAUUAAAGGCUCUGGCUAGUGUUAGCCAGCUAGCUAGCUGGAUGAAGAAAGAAGCUAAUGUUAAAUGGCGCUUGACCAGAGCAGGGGCAAAAUCAUAAAUCAUAAAUUUGCUUUACAGAGAGUACUGAAAUGUUUAUAACUAACCCAAGAUAGACCAGAGCCUGUCAUUUCCAAUGGGAGCAAAUUAAUCAUAGUGGGCAGAAUAACUAAGGAGGUGGGCAGAGCCAAGCACAAGUUAGUUUGAUCCUACUGGAGCGUUCUAGCAUUUAUUUGCAUAUGUCCUUUAGGGAACGCCUACUCUGAAGUGCGCGUGUGCAAUAAUUACAUUUACCCUUACCCUCCUACUAAAUAACACAACUUUGGGAAAGGGUAAAGUCUACAAAACACAGUCCACUGUUACAGAUUCUAGUUUUGGAAACAGAAAACUGUAUGGAGAUCAAAUGUUUAAUCAAUUAUUUAUUUUUUCGGAAUGUCAGCCAAAAUCCAUCUCGCUCCAUCUUCUUCCACUGCCGGCAACUAUGCUUCCUCUCAUCACCAUAUUUGGUAGUGGGUGGAAAUGCCAACCGGAUGCUUCACAUUUAUACAUCAGGUGAAAUAUCUGGCUCAUUGUUCUAUCAAUGGGACUAGUCAGACAGACGGUGGCGAGGCUGCGGCAGGCUGCAAAGCAUGCAGGAGGCGGCAGAGGAGACACAGAGAGAGGGGAAGCAAGCAGAGAGCGAGAGGUUAGUACAGUGGUUCCAAAACUUGGGGUCGGGGCACCCUGUGGGGUCCCCUGAGAAAAUCUGUACUAAUCUUAUUAGACAAAUUUAAGAACGUACAAAAAAAAGACAUUUCAAUAUCUCCCCAUAUCCUACCUUCCCUAUAGGCCUACAGUAAAAUGCAAACAAUACAGAUAUAACAAUGUAACUUCCUGUAUUUCAUUAGUCUUCUCUUGAUCGCCCACUGGACUUCAUAGUUUACCCACCCAUUGUUUUACCACUAUGUCAAUGCUGCUGACUAUGUAUUUUCUGUCGCGUUAAGCCUGUAUAUCCACUCAAGUGGAUAUCCCAACAUUGGAAGACUGGCUUCCGUUGCUAGGGAGCACUGACCAUGUGGAACAUUUCAAACAUGGUGUUUCUCAGACCUCAGAAAGUUGAGGUAAGUCCACGUCCCGGGCUAUGUGAUCCAGACGGAAUGGAAAAUGAAUCCAAAACAAAUGCAUGGAAAAGGAAAUCACUAUGUAACUUACAGAUUUGCAGUGCUUCAUGCAUAUAGCUGGAUCUACACAACCAAUGGUGUUGUGGACUGAGAACAGAAAAUGUCCCUUUUAGAUGGUAAUGUGCAGUUUGACUCCAUGAAAAUGACUACUCUUCAAUGAGGAGGAUUGUGGGUCAGUCUUGGAUUGUCUGUUUCGAAUAACACUGUUCUUUAGUUCCUUUUUGCUGUGGUUUACUUUUUGUGUUUUGCUGGAUCACUGGAUAUCUGUCUUAGAAAUGGCUUCUGCAGUUUUCCCCCCAAGUUAUUUUAGCUGCGCACAAGGAAAGAAAGCCAUCCAUGUUAAAGAAGUACCAAUCUUAUGUUAUUACUACGUUAUUUAUUGAAUAUUAUAUGAUAGUUAUCCACCUUGAUUGAUUGUCGUAUGUAAAAAUAAAAUAAAAAGUU